UGUGAACCCACCUGACCAGGUGUACCAGACCACAGACAUGGCUACCUGGGCCUGGGUGUUUCUCCCUGUGGCCCUCCUCGUGUCUGUGAAGCUGGUGAAAUUUGUGAUUUCUCAGAUCAGCCAGAGACGCACGACCAGACAGUUUGUGUCACCCCCGAGUCACUGGCUGUACGGACACCUGAAACAGCUCCUGCCAGAUGAGAGUGGUUGGCCUGUACUAAAACAGAUGAUGAGUGACUUCAGUAACUAUGUCCUGCAGCUGUGGGUGGGACCAUUCCUCCCUCUCUACAUCCUCAUCCACCCCGAUACAUGCAGGUCCAUCCUCAGUACACACGAGCCCAAGGACGAGCUCUUCUAUGGCUUUUUAAAACCAAUGAUCGGUGAUGGUUUGCUGCUGAGCCAUGGCAGUAAGUGGCACCGGAACCGGCGACUUCUGACUCCUGCCUUCCACUUCGAAAUCCUGAAGCCCUACGUCACUCUGUUCUCUGAGUCUACUAACGUGCUGAUUGACAAGUGGACUAGUCUCGGCCCCGGGUGUACCGUGGAGAUGUUUGACCACCUCAGCCUGAUGACGCUGGACAGCAUCCUCAAGUGCAGCCUUAGUUACCAUAGCAACUGCCAGACAGCCAAUGAGCCGAGCCCUUACAUCCGGGCCGUGUACGACAUCUCGCGUCUGUUCGUGGAGCGCGUCCGCUUCGUGCCGUUUCACAGCGACAUCAUCUACUCUCUCAGCCCCAGUGGCCGCAGGUUUUAUAAAGCCUGCGAUGUGGUUCACAACUUCUCUGAGAACGUCAUCAGAGAGAGGAAAGCGCAACUCGCGGAGGCCAAGGAGUCUGACCUGCCAAGGAGACGAAAGGGAAAGUGUCUCGACUUCUUGGACAUACUUCUUGAAGCCAGGGACGAGGAUGGUACAGGCCUGACGGACGCGGAGAUCCGAGACGAGGUGGACACGUUCCUGUUCGAGGGUCACGACACGACGGCCAGCGGGAUCUCCUGGACCCUGUACCACCUGGCCAAACACCUGCAGUACCAGGACAGGUGCAGGAGGGAGGUGGGGGCGCUGCUGCACGGACGCACAACCAUGACCUGGGAAGACAUGAGUCAGCUGCCCUUCACCACCAUGUGUAUUAAGGAGAGCUUGAGACUGAGACCGCCCGUGCCUGGUGUCUCCAGAACUCUCACACAGAAUCUGGUCUUACCUGACGGGAGGAAAAUUUCUCCAGGUUUCCAAGCCUUUGCUGGCAUCAUGGCUACCCACCAGAACCCUCUGGUCUGGGAGGAUCCAGAGGUGUUCGACCCUCUCCGUUUCUCUCCCGAGAACUCCAGGGACAGACAUUCUCACGCCUUCAUACCAUUCUCAGCUGGACCCAGGAACUGCAUCGGGCAGCACUUUGCCAUGAUUGAGAUGAAGGUUGCCGUAGCCUUGAUCCUGCAGAAUUUCCGACUGGAGCUGAACGGACCGCCGCCGUUUUACGAGGAACGCAUUGUCCUCCGCGCAAGGAACGGCAUCUGGCUCAAGCUACACAAGAUGGAGUAGUGGCCUAAUAAGGGCCACACCAAUUUAGAAGGCUGUAUCAAAUUGACGGGGGUAGUAUCCAUUUCUAUUCAACAAGGAAACGUGCUACAAAUAUUAGCAAAAAAUCCACACCCCCUGCAUAAUGGUUUACUCCCGUAAUGGUCAGGUGCGCAUUAUUCUGCAACAAAGGCACACUUGUGAAAUAAUGCACACUUGCAAUACUUGUAUCGUGCUAACUGUGACAUCAUGGCAUCAUCAUCAAUAUGAAACAGGGCCUUCUGAUUGGUCAAUGCCACCUGGCUAUAUGAUAAUAUAUUUUAAAUACAAAUGUACAUCAUUAUGUAUGAUAUGAUAUGAUAUAUUCUAAGAAGAUAGCAUGAUAAUGAGAUUUAAUGUUAAUCAAUUCUAAACAAACCAGUGUCUAUUGUAUAUCAUGUGAAUGUAUAAUUCUAGAACUGACCAAGUUGUAUGAUUCAGCCCUUCGGCUGCCAACAAGUUUGAUUAAUUGUUUGUUUCUUUUUGUGGAAAUGGAAAUAAGCCAGUUGACUACUACAUUUUUUUGUAAUACUACAUUUCAAGAUUUGCAGCCUGAUAGAAGAAACGUUGUAUGAAGCUAACAAGGAGGCUUUUGACUGGCUAAACCUCUGGCACGACAAGAUAUGAUGAUGAGAAUUCUUGCUGUCUUUUUACAUACGUACAAUUUAAUAUGCUGCAAUAAUUAUGUGCAUUGUAAGACAGUCUAUUUACAACUUUUCGACAUAACUGACAAUGUGGUGUUUUUGUUUCUGCUGAUGCACAAAACUUGAUGGUG